CACAGACAUGGAGACUGGGACCCGAGGCAGGCUCCGGCUCUGGCCCACCAUCCAGCUCCCAAUCCAGCUAGAAAUCAGCCUGCUUCUAUUUUAUGUCGGGGCUGUGGGGGCCUGCACCAUCUCAGUGGUGCAGCCAGACUACCUGGAGGUGGAUUUCACCCACAAGGCUGUCACCAUACAGUGCAACUUCUCCUUUACGGGAUGCCCCUCCGAGCCGUCCAGGGUCCUGUGGUUUCGCUAUGGUGCCCAGCAGCCCGAGACCCUGUGCUGGACUGGAUGCAAAAGUGAAACAGAGAAAUUCACCACGUACGACAUCCCAGACCAGAAGCAAGCUUUUCUCACUGUCCACACGCUGACAUCAAAUGAUAGCGCCAUUUACAUCUGUGGAAUAGCAAUGCCCAAUGCUAAGCACACAGGCGGCGGGACCACACUGGUGGUGAGAGGAAGCAGACUUCUAAGCAAGGAACUGCAGCACCUGCUGACGGCGCUCUUGGCCCUGCUCUCCUUCUACAUCAUUGGGAUGGGCAUAGUCUUUCUGAUCCUCUCCCAGUCAAAGUCUAAAGUUCAAAGAAGAAAGGACGCAAAAGAAGAUUCCCAGAAGAAGAGAGCUCGGCGUAUUUUUCAAGAAAUCGCUCAAGAAUUCGACCAUAAAAGAAAUUUGGAAACAAGCCAUCAAUCCGAGAAAGAUGGCAUGUAUGAGAACAGAAGAGCACUUGCCAACUACAAGAGACCAUAGACAUGCUGAUCGGACACUGAAACCCCAAAGUCAGGAGCCAUGACAACAUAAAAGCACAUACACCAAUCAUGUCUUUAAAAAGCAAGAAGAGUAAUGGCAGGACAAACGGCUGCACCGCCCAUCAGGGCACACGGGCACUGUCCAUCAACACCCAAAAUAACAAACUGAAAAAUGUCCUAAUUUGAAGAAAAAA